GAUAAAAAAUAUAUAUCUAAAGACACUCAAUCAAAGUUGUAUGUACAUAUGUAUGAAGAUAUAACGAAACAGACAAAUUUGUUGGUGAUUAUAAAAUUUCAACAGUAGAUAUGAAGGUAAUUGUUAUAGCAAACUGAUUUGGUAUUGCGGCUGCUCAUUUGACUUAAAGAACUCGAGGAGAAGACGACACAAUAUAAUAUUAUGCAAACUAUUAUUUUUGCAAUUUUGGCCUUGGCACUCAUUGGCACAACGGCGGCUGUACCAACAUUUGCUGUCGCCAAGGCGCAGGCUGAUGAGGAUAUUUUCUAUUUGCUGGAUCAAAAUAUUGCCUCAGGCGGUUCCGACAAUUCCAAAAUCACCACCGAAUGCUUUAAUUACUACAUGCCAAUCUUAAAUAAAAUAUCCGUUAGUUUUUCGGUGCAAUAUGAGCAAUGUGUUAGUCAGGCCUCACAAGCAGCAGCCAACCUCACCGCCACGGCAGCUCAGCAACGUACUUCCUUCGUGAAUGAGACGACCACCAUUUGUGGCGUAUUCACUUCGUGCAAUAGUAAGAGCAUUACUUUGGACUUUCUCAGUUGCUAUGCCACUGCCACAUCGACUGAUACCAAUGGAAUCUAUAAUCUGGCAGACAGUGCUUCGAAUGCAGCUAUUUCACUGAGAGGUGGACUUCAGCAAAUUAAUGAUACCGAGGAAAUCUGCAAAAAUAGAGCUCAACAGAGUAUGUCCACACAGACAUCGAAAACUUAUAAGGAAUUGCAGGCAUGCUUCACCAAUGGUUUACCAGUGGUUACUACUGGCACUGCUGCUGGAUUCUAAAGCGGAUUGCUUUAAACGCUUUCCAAAACAUGUAUAUUUACAAUUGUAACUAUCAACAUAUUUGAAAUGAAUCCACAUAAAAAACACAAAUUGCCAAAGGUGUAUUGAAGAAAGCGUGAUCGUAACAUCUACCCACAUUUUACUCCUCCGUUCACUGAGAAGAAAACGUCGAUAGUUAUAUCUUCAGUUAGCUCGAUAUAAACUGACUCAACAAAACGCUUCAUAGAUGGGUGAGGGUCAUUUGAUUCCUUCUUGGUGUUCUGGACACGUUUGAUUGUUACUAUUGUUUAGUGUAUUUAACGAUAUUUUAUAUUGCCAUCGAAAUCAUCUGACAGUAGGCUCAAAUAACAGAUGUUUCCGAAGGGAUCGAAUAGAAAUGAUGGAAGACAAAGAAAACCCUUACCUACCACUGAUACUAUUCAAAUCGAGUUCUGCGACUGCAUCUAAUGGUGGUUAUUGUCGUGAUGGAAUAAAGUUCAUCAGGGUGAAUAUCGGCAAGAGUAUUUUUAUAGAACAUUAGGAUGCUUCUUCUAAAUGCCUGUCAUGCUAUCAUUUAAGAGGAUAUCACUGCAAAAUUUAUUGAUAUGCUUCCUAACUUGGAUCUUGGAUCCUGCUGUUUUUUCGUAUAAAUGGUAUUCUGAAGACAAUAUAAUUAAAUAAUUGAAAUACAUUAUCAACCGCAUUGUAUUGAAAAAGUUAUGCCAACUCAAAAACUUCACUGGGAUCUCAACUAAUUCGCC